ACUUCGCCAUACUGUGGCAGGUUAGUAUAAACAUGGCAGCAGUUUUGAGAUUAAAACGAAGAUUGAACGAAGACCCAGCGGAAGCUCUCAUUCUUAGUAGUAAAAGAAUAAAAAGUUCCGAGCCAAAAGUGACAAAAACAUUUAAAUUUGCUGGAACAGUUAAAGAACAGUCGGAUUCAGCAAAACAGAUUCAAGAAGCUAUUGCGAAGGACAAAGGACAGAAAAAAAAUGAUAGUUUUAAAGAGCAAGUCUGUGAAGCAUUACCAGAUGAAAAAGAUAACAAAGAAAAGACCAAGACCAAUUUAAGAAUUUUACGAAAAAGGAAAGCUCUUAAACCAUCUGAUCAACCAGGCAUAGAAGAGGUUUCGGAAAGAAAAGCUGCCAAACUUUGGUUUUAUAUUUCUUCUGAAGAUGGAAAUGCCACAGAUGAAAACCAAUGUGGUGGGUUAUAUACACUCUAUGAAAUGGUUAAUGAGCAUUCAGAAGAAGAAAAAACAUGCAAGAAAAUUCAGGAUAAGGUGCAGGAAACUAUUCUUUGCAAUAAUGUUUCUCUGAUAAGAAAAGUUUCAGAAGUGCAAUCCCUAGAAGAACAGUUUGUUUAUGAUUUAUACUAUGGUACUAAUGUGGAUGAUGAGUUUAUCAAGAAUGUCACAGACAUUUCACGAUGUGAUCUAGAUGAACGGUUCGUAUCUAGAGAGGUGGAUGAUGAGUCUGAGAAUUAUGAGGAGGAGGAUGAUAGUAAUGAUGAAGAUAACUGGAGAAAUGAUUAUCCAGAAGAAGAUUCAGAUGUUGAGAAUGAAUAUGAUUAUUUUGGAAACAAACGUCAAAAUAUUGAUGACGAAAUGGCAGAGAAACUUUACAGCUGUGAUAUAAUAGGUAGUGAUGAAGACAAGAAUGACUACUUUGAACCUGCUGGCUCUCCUAUAUGGUUCACUUGUCGUAACACCAUUUGUGAUGAUGAUGAUGAUGAUCCUGAUAGCAGUAAUGAAGAGAACAACUAGCUUUGUGAUUUUAAAUGCAACAUAAUUUUGUCUUUUUGAUAUUAAUUUUGUAAAUAAUACAUUCCAGUGAUAUGCAGUUAAUGUAAAUUAAAGUUAGCAAAUUUUCAGUUCUUUUUUUUUUGCAGUUAACUAAUUAUUAACAUGUUGCAGCUAAUCAGAAUCUGUAGAACAUAUGACAUUGUAGAUUAAUUCUCAUCAGCACACCUUUGAAAAGUUACAUUGUGGAACACUUGGGGUCCAAUCGCAUCCCAGCACAAAAUUACCAUUAUAGUAAGCGCUAGAUUAAAAUUCCAAAAUCCAAUUGCAAUACAGCUUUUAUUAGGGUUAGCAUGCAAUGUGAACAACAUGAAAAUAUACGUAUUCUAGAAGAAAUAUGUUGACAAAUUAAGAAAUUACAUUGUUCAUCAGUAUACAAAUAAGUAGCAUUCAAGUAUUUCUUAUACAAACUGUACCAAAAAAAUACUGAAGUUUUAUUAUACUCUUAUAUUCACCUCAUUAUCCACCAAUAUAUGAUGAGAUUACCACAAUACUGCAAAAUUCAACUCAAAGAAAACUGAAAAUGUAUGUUGUAGGUCACCUUGGGUCCAACCAGACCUCAACACAAAUGUAUCUUUAUUGUAGGCUAUGAAUUGAAAUCCAAUAAGCAGGUUAUUUACAACAAUUAUCAAACAAGGUUUCUAUAAAAUAGGGCAUUAUAAGCAAUAAUCAUAAAGAACACUUAUUGAGGAAUGAGAUGUGCAUACAUAUUUACCACAAUGAUGUUAUAAGUAAACAGAUGAGAUGAUACUGUACUACUUUGAUGGAUUAAAACAGCCUAUAUAGUGAAAUAAACGUUUAGGAAUUUGUAUUGUAUGCUACAGGGCAAAUUGCCUGGUUUGAAAACAGUAGUGUCAUACUGAUUUAGGGUUUCUGCUUGACAAUUACAUGAAUUGAUAUAAAUUUGUAAUGAUUAUGUAAAAAGAUAUACAACCGAAAAAGUCGUAAGGGUCCAUAUGGAUCUCAGGUGUGCUGAUGAGGGUUAAACAUGUAUUAGGGUUAGAAUUGUAUUAAAAUAUCCUGUUCAGUUUUGCUUGGUACAGUAAGACUACUGUACAUGAUUAUGAGCAAACGUACAGGUUUGGUCUUGAAAUAUGAACAUUUUCAAAAUAGUUUAACAUGACUUAUGAAAAUUAUAACUGUUACUACUGCUCUCUCAAAACAAUUGACUCAUUCAUAGGAUAAAGUAAUUAGAAGUAACAACAUAUACAGAAGUGUAUUUUAGUAUAUAAAUCUGAUGUUAUUUUUGGUGACCCAAAGACAGUUGUUGUUUAAAAAACGUAAUUAGCAGCUGAAUUUUAUAAUUAAAAUGGACAACCUACCUGGUAAUUAGACGUUUUGAUCUUAUCAGGUGAUGAAAAUACAUGUAAUUGGGUCAAAAGAUCAACAAAUCACCAGUUCAUUGGGCAAGUGUGGUUUUAUUUUUGUCAUUAGUCACAUUAGACACUAUUCCAUCAUUGUAACAUAAGAGCCUAUACUAGAGUGACGUAGAAAUGAUGUCAUUGACAAAAUCUUGGACUUCACUUUUAUAAUGAAAUAAUGAUUAAUCUUCUACAUUUUGAUUUGGCAAAGAUAUGUUGAUAGGUCUUGAUUUUUACUGACAUGAAUGUAGAAUACAGUGAUUUUAUUUACAUGUGAAAAAUUAGUAAAUUUUCAACAAGGAAUAUUUAAUGUGUUUUUAAAAAGUAAUUUAAUUGAAACGAAGAGUUCAAGUUAUGUAGAGGAAUAUAACAAUGUUCAUUCCAUAUCAGGUUGUACUGUAAUCAAUGUUAAAACCUAAAUUUUAUCUUAAACUUAAAAUACAUCAAUACCAAAUCAAAAACAGCUGUAACUGAUAGUUGGCACACAGCCACAUUUGGUCAGUAUCUGAUUUUUUUGUGAGAAUAUUCACAGUUGUAGUAGUGUUUUAGUAGUUCCUAUCAUUAGACAGUUUUGUUUAGAUUAUGUUGCAAAGAAUAAUACAAAGUCUAGUCCUAUAAAUGAAAAGGAAUGUUUGUAUUUCUCCUGCCACGAGUUUUACAAGUUUACUGAGUGAUAGGCCUAACUUCACAGAUCAAACUUGUUACUUGCUGAUUUCUCCCAUGUUUCUACUACUUCAUUGAAACACAAACCUCAUUAUUUACAAAAUUAGAUCAACAGACAACCUGCUUGGCCCAUGUAAACACCGAAACAGGCCUGUUUUACCACACUAUCUAUUUUGGUAUUUGAUGGGUAUUGUUAUAUUACCAUGCAGUGUGUUGAUAUACUGAAACAAAAUACUAUACAUAUUUAUUUAUUGAAUGUUGGCCUAUUGAAUGUUGUCUAGUAUAUAUAUUGGCACCUGCUAACAUUAUGAUGAUUUUCAAAGCAUACAAUUUUACUUUUUAAGCAAAACUGCUAUUUUGUGGUUGAAAAACUAUUGAAAUAUUAUUAUAGUGUGGUUUAAAUACUAUUAAACACUUCUUUAAAAAAUCCCAAAGGUAUCAAAUAAGGAAUAUGGAGUUUAAAAAAAAGCCCAACAGUGAUGUCUUAUCAGAAGUAUAAUUAAAUAUAAUCAUGCAUUGUCAGCAUAAGGCAUUAACACCAUAACAGAUGGCUUAUAUGGUUGUUGUUUUGACAACUACUGUGUUAGUGUUUAUUGUAUUCCAGUUGGCCUGAUGAGCUGUGGUAUUGAGUUAAAUGAGAAGAUGGCAAUGGAUAUAGUUGGAAUAAUAUUGUUGAACUUCUGUUAUACACUAUUCUUCUGAAAAGAACCCAAAGGGCCAAGUAAAGAAUAAAUAAAUAAUAUUGUUGAACUACUGUUAUACACUAUUCUUCUGAAAAGAACCCAAAGGGCUAAGUAAAGAAUAAGUAAAUAAUAUUGUUGAACUACUGUUAUACACUGUUCUUCUGAAAAGAACCCAAAGGGCCAAGUAAAGAAUAAAUAAAUAAUAUUGUUGAACUACUGUUAUACACUGUUCUUCUGAAAAGAACCCAAAGGGCUAAGUAAAGAAUAAGUAAAUAAUAUUGUUGAACUACUGUUAUACACUGUUCUUCUGAAAAGAACCCAAAGGGCCAAGUAAAGAAUAAGUAAAUAAUAUUGUUGAACUACUGUUAUACACUGUUCUUCUGAAAAGAACCCAAAGGGCUAAGUAAAGAAU